AUCUCAAUCUUUACACUGGAUUUAACUCUGAAUUUAAAUCCAGUUUAACCCUGAUUAGAUGGGUUUAGAGAUAUCUUUAUCUCUAAACUGGAUUUAACCAGGAAUUUAAAUCCAGUUUAACUUUAAUUAGGAUGGGUUUAGCGAUAUCUUGAUCUUUAAUCUAGAUUUAACUCUGAAUUUAAAUCCAUCUUAACUUUAAUUAGAUGGGUUUGGCGAUAUCUCAAUCUUUAAACUGGAUUUAACUCGGAAUUUAAAUCCAGUUUAAUUAGAUGGGUUUAGAGAUAUCUUUAUCUCUAAACUGGAUUUAUCCUGGAAUUUAAAUCCAUCUUAACUUUAAUUAGAUGGGUUUAGCGAUAUCUUGAUCUUUAAUCUGGAUUUCCACUGGCUAAAUGUGAGAUGAUCCGGCUUGUGCUGAUUUAAACUGCUUCUGAGUGGUUUAUAAAUGUGUUGAUCUAAAACCUGUUCUGUCUAUAAAGUUUGUUUUUCGAUUUUCUCAGAAUUUUGGGAAGAAAUUUUAAAUAUUACAACAGGGGGAAAAAUUCCUAUUCAUUAACUUACGCUCUAUAAUGUAUCAAUAUAGGUGAUUAUGACCAUAGUAAGUUAUUGAUUAAGCGCAGAGUUCACCUGUUGUGACCUCCGGCUGACCUUUGAGCGGGUAAAAUCCGGCCCUGUGAUUGGCUGAGCAGCGGGGCUCCGGAGAGGGACGAUGGUGGUGUCCGUGUUUUGCGUGCUGCUCCUCCUGAGUGGUUCCGUGUCGCUCGAAUUCUCCGCCACAAGCGAACCGGACUCUUUGGCGCGCGGUAGAGCCGAGCUGCGGCGCGUGCGGAGCCUGACGUCACAGCAGCCCUACGGAGAGUGCUGGGCGCGCGCGCUGGAGCACCUGGACACGCGCUGCCAGGAGAUGACGUCAGAGAGCCAGAGCCGCGUGGCGCUGAGGUUCACGCGCUGUCACCUGCACAGCUCUGGCAGGGAUUUCCCAUCAUGCCCUGAAGAGUCUGAGGUCCAUAGGUGUACAGCGGGCAUGGACGCUGUGGCCUUCCACACCUACACAGAGUUUUUCACGCACGCGCACUCCAUGUGUCACUUCCUGCAGUCUGAAGCUUGGCAGAGCAGAGCCGAGACCACCAUGCACAGGUUGACGGAGAGCUCAGAGGGCGUGGCCGACCAGCUGCAGUCCACCCGCCAGAUGGCAGAGGACCUGAUCGAAGCCCAGAGUGCCACCUUACAGGCUCAGCAGGAGAUCCUGAACAACGGGGACGAGCUGAGAGAGACCCUGAGAGACUCCACACAGGGUCUCAGGUCGAUCUUCUCGGAGCUCAGCAGUGUGUCCAGAGAGCAGCAGGUGGCGCUGUCCGAGCUCUUCAGCAGAGUUUCGUUCCUGCAGAGUUUUGUGGUCUUGGAGGCACACAGUAUGAGUUCCUGCCUCUACAACGCCGCUGCGCUGUGUGCCUCCUACCUCCUCACCUCCACCCAGCGCUCCUCCAGAGCCAGGUUGGUGCUGUUGGUUCUGGUGUGUUUGAAUUUCUACCUGGAGAGGAAGAUCCACCAGUUCAUGCUGAGUUCUGACCGUCCAGAACACAAACACACGGAGCUGGUCGGUGUGUAUGUGAGUGUGUUGCGGCGCAUCAUGGUGUGUGUUGGUGUGUGUGUGCUGGUGUGUGUGUGUCUUUGGUACAAAGAUCCAGUUCAGCAAAGUCUGGAGAUUCUGCAGCAGCUCCGUGAGACCCAAAGAAACCUGCAGGAGGCGCUGCAGCACGCAGAGUGUUUAGGGAGACGAGAAGAAAAACAAGAGAUUUGUUUGGAUUUGAAGAGGAGAACAGGAAGCAGGAGAAAAGAGGAGGACAUGGGAGGAGCUGAAGAACCACAUCCUGUCUCCAUGGUCGCCACCGUCUCACACAGCGGUUGGAAUGGCAGUACAGUCUCCACCUCUGUCUGUGGUCCUGAACCCUGCGGUGCCUCGGUGCAGGGUGCUGGUACCAGUAGGCCUGCUGUGAGUCCAAGCAGGCGCCCUCGUCGCUUCUCAUCCUCACGGCUCAGCACCUCCUCCUCUCCUCUGAUGUACAACAUCCUGGUGGACGGGAAACAGCCACGUUACAGCCUGAGGAGCCAAAGAUCGGAGACGACCUGACGCUCGGCUUCCCGCUGACAUCUUUUGCUCAUUUUUCACUGUUUGAAUCAGCAGAAGCACCGUGUGCUUGUAGAUGUUUUUAAAUGAUUAUUUCCUGAAUCUCAAUAAAACAGAAGUUCGUAUUUUAAAAAAUUGCUUUUGUGAAAUGCACAGCACCGCCCUCUGCAGGCCACUAAUAGAAUCAGUUUCAUUGAAAAAAAUAUUGAUGUUAUGUUUAGUUGUUUGAGGGAUCAUUUUGUGAUCUUGUGGUUUUGAUUGACAAAAAGUUUACU